AUGUCAGCAUUUGAAGAUAAUCCGUUUGCUGAAGAUGAUGGGGAACCAACUGCCUCCCAGUUGUCCACCACAAGGAAGAGAGCGCGGGAGGGCGAUGAUAGUGAUGCUGUGGGAACUGGCACGUCAGCGAACCCUUCGUUGUUUGCAAUCCAACAGGAACGGUGGGAGAAGCAAAAGCAUGAUCAUGAGCACUUUGGCGGCCCUUCAAGCACCUCAUCCCAUUCUCCAGCUACACCAGGCUCGGCUGUGCACGAGGCCAACACGGGCGGUGGUGUGCCGGUAGAAGUCGUUCCCACGGCGACGCUUCUCGCGGAGUAUGACACUGGUUUGGAAGAAGAUGAAUACAAUGCAUUAGUUGUCAAAUCGGCUGGCCUGGAAUCUGAGAUAAGCAGGAGGGACGAAGAAUACGCCGCCGAGCUUUCAGCAAAGACAAAAGACAAUGAAAGCAUGCAGGAGUCCGUAGAGCUUUUGAGGGCCACUGUUUUGCGUGUUCGUCAAGAGAUGGAGUUGUGUCGCAGGGCGAAGGAUUCCGCAGACGCAAAUUAUUAUAGUGGUAGUGACGUAAUAAACGGUGACGACGCCAUGGUGGAACUGAUGCAGAUGGUUGAACAAGAAUGCAAUACCCUUCAGCGGUUAGCUUCAGAUAUCCUUCAGAGCUCAGCACCGCGAAUUAGGGAAUUAAUGGAAACCACUGACACUGCGGAGGAAAUCCGGUCCCGGAUAGUCGGCGUACUCGGUGAAUUGCCACGGCUUCCUUCUUUUGAUCUUCAGGGCGAGCGCCGGUACAUUGAAGCUUGCAGAGCUGCUGCCUCCAAGUUGGACAGUGAGGGACCACUUGGUUCCUCGGUCUUACUCAUACAGGCUCUGAUAUCUGAGUUGUUUCUUCAAUUACAGAACUGUGAGAGCGUUUAUGGCAGUGUGGAACUGCUAAGCACGCGUGUGAUGGCUAUCGUUUCGUCUUUGCAAGAACUAGUGCAUGACUCACUGGAGUGGUAUUUUCGCACUCGCAGCAGGGCUUUUAGCGGUAAUUCUUCUCUUUCCUUUAAUGCGAAUAAUUUAUUACCCCCGGAGGUCUUCUCCGCCGAAGUGGACAUCAGGCAGAUGAAUACCACACUGCACCACUUGGAUGCUACGCUGAGUCAUCUCCAGGCAUUACCGCAUGUUGUGUCGCUGUCACAUCAAAAUGCCCCCAGUGUUUUUGCGAUGUCCGUGACAACUCUCUGCGAGGAGUUAGAGUCUGAGGCCGAGGAAUUGGGGUUGGAAGUGCUUCGACUGAGAAAGUUAUUCAACCUGGACGCAAGUACGUUGGUGUCAAACGCUGGUGAACCUCAAGAAAGCUCAUGCACCGAUGAGGACUGUAUGAAGAAUGGAGCCUCCUCAGAGAAGGUGAAGUGGUUAAAUUUGCUUUCGCAAAAGCUGUUGAAGCAGAACUCCAGCGCCGCGGCUCUUUGUCGGACACUGCGCGAUGCUACGGUAGAUAACGAUUCUCCUGUUGUGAAUUUACAAAUGCUGUUCUACCGGUGCUAUAGUGAAAUACAGGGGCUAUUAUUACAAUCCCUCACUUCGUUGAACCGAGUGCUGCAACAAAGGGCGAGGAUCGUGGAGCAUAUCAGACAAGUAGUGAUGCUUGACGGUGAUGAUGAGGCAUUUGCCCUCUGCGCUGAGAGAGUGUUUCAAGGUAGUGAAGAUGGUGUUGAAGGGUUGCUAGAUGAGAUGGAAGAGUCUUCCCGCGCAUGCAUACAUCAGUUUUCAGAGGCAUCUUCCAAGGCACUGGAUGAACUAAUGAUGCGAAAUCAGCAGAACGUGCAGCGGCUGCUGGAGGUACGUCGCUUCUUCAUUCAGGUUGCCGAAAACACGGAUCAGCUGGCGUACGGGGGUGCUGCAGAGGGGCUGCGGCGGGUUCUCCAUGAUGCGGUGGAACAGCAGCGAAGACUGACGGUGUCUGAGGAGACACAUCAAUCUGAAGAGCCGCUGGAAAUUAGCGUCGAAUCUGAUGAAAAUGGGUUCGGGGAUGUUUUGGACAUAGUGGCAAGCGAACACAAGGAAGAGCUUCGGGAAGAGAUCCAGUUUGCGCGAAGGCGGGGUGAGGAGUUGCUGAAGCGAAGGAAGUGGCUAGCUAUGCAGCCAACUCACAAAGAUCUCUUAGAACUACUGGCCGUGCAUAAGGAGGUGAAGGCUGUGAAGGAAAAGUUGGCGCUUGCGGCCCAACGGCAGGCGAAGUGGGCUGCAGCAAAAGAAGCUCUGGAGGUUAAAAGGCGGCAGGUGGCGGAGGCGCAGGUUGCUGUCUUGGAGAAGCAGUCAAAGCUGCGUGAGUUACAGCAGAAGUUGCAACCAACUGGUCCGUUUGGCAGUUGGUAG